CCAGCCGAGCCGAGUGAGCGAUGUCAGGCCUCGUGGUGGAAACUGCCCCGAGGCGAUGCAACCACCUCACUCGAGCGCCGAUCGCGCGACAAGCGACCCGCCGAAACCCCGAGAGAGCUUCGACUCGGCGCGAGUUAACGCGAGUAAUGCGAGCGCGAUACCCGUCGUCCGGCCCGGCGAACGGAGAUACCGGAGUUCACGGUGUCGUUAUGUGAAAGAAAGAAAAAAACUGUUCUCGAACGCCGCUACACGGAAGACUCUUCGAAAGGUGCGAAAUCGUGGUCCCCGCGAGACUUGGACCGGACCGGCUGGUGCGAGUUAACGGUUCCUGACGAUCGGACGAACGGAUCUACUGAGAGACAUCGCAGACUCCCCGCGGAUUCCGCGAAUGCUUUCGGACAAUUUCAGUUCCGCUGACAUCACGGGCGAUCUCACGACGUACCGUAUGACGAUACUUGGAUGCUGCUCUUCUCGAAAGAUACACGACAAAUGGUAGACUGUAAUGAUACGAGAAUCCGUUUAAACGCCAGUGAUAUCUGUUUACCGAGACACGUGUCAUUCGACUGAAGAUCCGCUGGCUCGAGGCAGAGAAGCAAAGUGCAAUGAUCUACGCGGAAGGAUAAGAGGACCGACCGUCGAGGAAAGCUUGUCGAUCACGAGAUACGCGGCACCGAUCUCGCCUUUCUCGGGAAGGGGACCAAGCGCGAGACUUCGAGACGGACAAAGAGGAGCGGCGCAGAUAAGAAGCCAGCCGGAGUUCGGCGAACUGCGACGAGCAAAAAGGCGACCGACGAGCAGAUAGAACGACGCUGCAAACGAGUCACGCGUGUGCGCGCGAGAUACGCGCGAGUUAAUCGCCAACGAAUUUGAUUACAAACGUGACGGUCGCCGAUCGAAACGCGACAGCCCAAAACUCCGCGAGGGGAGGGAAAGAUCCGAGAUCGGACAGAGACCGCGGCAUCAGCAGCUGACGAAACUUAUCGUCGACCGCCCGGGUCGCGGCCGAAUCGCGGGAAAACGUAAGCGAUGCGCUCGCCGCGAUGAUAAAAGGCGAUAACAAGAGCGGCUGCGUUAUCGCGGCGAUGACAAAUUGAUCGAUCGUUGAUUACUCUUCGCGGCUGAGAUGAGAUGAGACGUGUUUGCCGCGUGUCGACAAAUCGGUAGGACUGAUCGCGCGCGAUCGCACGGCACCCUCGGCACCGACGGGCCUCGCGCGGGCAUCGUUGUUGCGCGCGACGUACGCGACGAAGGGGAUGAAGAUGAAUGACGUCAAGCCGGAGAGCAGCGGCGCGUCGAUUUCGCCGGCGGUCGGGAACAAUAACAACAAUAACAACAGCAUCAACGGUAAUAACAAAGCGUCAGCAACGGCGGCGACGGUGGCCGCCAACGGCGGCGAGGGAAUCAGCGCUGCCGUCGCCAAGGUUCUCCAAGGAUACGACUGGACCCUGGUACCCGUUGCUACCAAGGGCUCCGGCGACAAAAGGGCGGCCCACGUCAAGAGGCCCAUGAAUGCGUUUAUGGUGUGGGCCCAGGCUGCGAGGCGAAAACUGGCCGAUCAGUACCCACAGCUUCACAACGCCGAGCUGUCGAAAACACUGGGAAAGUUAUGGCGGCUGCUGUCCGAUAACGACAAGAAACCCUUCAUCGAGGAGGCCGACCGUCUGCGCGUUAUCCAUAAGCGCGAGCACCCCGAUUACAAGUAUCAACCCCGACGUCGGAAGCAGAACGGGCCGUCUUCCGGUCGCGAGAGCUCGCCCACGAGGAGCCAGAGCAACGUGACGUUCAGCGUUACCAGGUCGAUGAAGCAGGAGGACAUGAGUCCUAGAGGCGUUCAAGGUCCCAAUUCGCCGCAGAGUGGCGUGAGCUCCUCGCCACCCACGACACCCGGUCAGGGCCUCUCACCGCCGACACCCCCUACGACACCCAGGGGACAGCACUACAUCAAUCAGACGCUCGAUUCGCAGAGCAAUCAGCUUCCGCAGAACAACACGGUGUACUACCAGGAGUUGGUCAGCGGCACGCCGUCGAGCGAGUCCCCGCAUCAGCAACCGGCGGUCGAUCUUCGGUAUAUCGAGGUCGGAGACGGCCUCCCCGGCGAGGAGAAUCAGUUGAACGGCCUCGGCACUUUGGGCGGGCUCGGCCUGAAUCUCCCGGUGAACUUCCAGGAGUGCGAGGUCGAGAGCAACGAGCUCGACCAAUACUUACCGCCCCAGACCAGCACGCCGAUACAUCAGUACCCGCCCGUGCAAGUCACCACCGCCUCGCAAUGGUUACUCAACAGAUAUGAGGAGGAGAUCGAGAGACCGAUCAAGCGUCACUGCUCGGAGCAGGCGAUCGCAGAGGUUUCGUCAUGGGAGGACAGGACUCAGGAGAUGGUCAGGUACCACGAGCUGCAGCCUCCCCUUCCGCCGGUCCAGUACAUAUCCGCCCAUAACGCGCACCAUUCGCACGCGAGUACGCAGAUGGGCCAUCCGCACGUGUCCACGCCCUACGCGCAAUACGCACAUCGCUACGUGUCUGGUAUCGAGACGUGGCCGAAUUACAUGUAGACCAAAGCGAGGUAAAAGUGCCCACCAUUUUUCAUUUUCGCGAUGCCGAGAGGCACGCCGCGAUAUCGUCGAAUCGUCCGAUUUUUACGUAUAUAAACGAGCAGAAAAAAGAUUUGCGUAAACCAUCCUGGAUCUGUCGUGAAAUACUCGAGGGACAGAUUUUUGGAACCCGACUUCGAGUCUCCCCGGUCGACACGCCGAGGAAAAGACGUUAUCGUUUAGCUUUUAAAUUUUUACCAAAAAUGUAUCUCGAUAAUUAAAGUUAUACAAUUAUCGAAAUUGUCCUAAAAUUAUUUACUAGUCGAAGACUUUUAUUUUUUUCUUCGCAAUUUUUGCAACUUACUCACGUAAACGACCUUAUUUUUGACGAUACAGUCAUAUUCCUUAGAAAUCCUUACUAAGGAAAAGUCGGUAUUGAGUUCCUUAAGAAAUUUCUCUACAAAGUAUUUUUUGAUAGAUCCGGGAUACCCUGAUGUAGAUAACGAUGCUGAUGAAGUUAUGUACGAAACGCAUCGCGUAAAGUAAAAAAAGUAAAAUAAAGACUAUUUUAUCACGUCGAAUAUUUUGUUACAUUGACCCAAAUCGUUGCAAAUGCUUGUAUAAAUAAAAAUGAUUGUAAACUGCACAUGAUUGUAUAAAUAAAUUGUGAUCGGAUUAAUCGCCGCGAUGUUAAAUCCUCGCGACAUUUCCGGGCAUACAGAGCCCCAGGAAUACCCAAAUACAAUGUAAUUAAUUAAUUGUAGAGAUCCACUCUAUUAAUAGUUUUACAUGAGUUUGCUCGCGAUUGUAUGCGCGGCUAAUUGUGAGCUUCGUGUGAUAAAGUUUGUAGCGUAACGCAGAUAUGUUGGAUAAUCCAUUCGUGUCGAUCUUAAAUCUCUUCCUCAGAAAGGAACUAUCGUCUCUGACGUUUGACGGCAUUGCAAAUUUGUGAAGAAAGAAAGACGAGAAGAAAAGGAAAUAUCGAUACAUAUGAAAGUCAUGACUUUGAGAGUUCCAAGUCAUUCUUCUGGAAAAUCGAAAUUAUACUCUUAUCGUUCUAAUGCCACGCAAUUUUGGAAUUGCGACGAUUACGUGUAAACGUUCGCGUAACAUCCGUCUUAAAAAAAUUGAAACAAGCUUGCAUAUUUCGAAAAGUGUAAAGAGCAUGAUAGAACUUUUACAUAAUAAAUAAUAUCUCGAAUAUCUCGAAAACAAGCAUUACAUAGAAUUUGAUGGGCGUCUUUCUCUUCCUAAUUUCAACAGGAAACGCGAAGGGAAAAUAUAUAUAGAGUGCAGAGCGCUAAAAUUUAUUAUAAACGUAUCUAUUAGAGAUAAUCAAGCCAGAGUCAGACAGAAGUCAAAUCGUUUGAGUUUUGGUUUUUCUGGGCUUUCAAUCCUUUUUAAGAUACGCAGAACAAUGAUUUUACCCUUCAUUUAACUUUCUUCGAUCUGAUGCUUGGUUCUGAGAUUUUUCAUCUUUAUAUGUACAAUAUCCCUUCGUUUAUCUAAGCCUGGCAAUUUAUCAUACCGCUGCAUUUGACGUGGAUACUAACACCGGAUUAAAUUUUAUAUCUCCAGAAGAGAUCGGAUUUCCUUCUUCAAGUGUUAGAAUCGAACUGCAUGACGAGUCAAUAAGGUAUCGAUAUUCUACUUCAUGUGAUUUGGUAAUAUACAAUUGUUGUUAACGAUAAUUUAUUAACAGCAAUAACUCGUUAACAACCAUCGCUCGCAAUCCGAGAUACGGUCGCGCGCGCUACGUGCCUCUUGCUCGACGCGAAAAUGGCGGAUUGGCCGUUCUCCCGGCUCGAGAGUCUCCACGUAGACGAGGCGCGGCCACGAUACUCACCAUGACAUCAUUCCAUGACAGCCGGCCAUUCCAAAGCGCAGAAUUUCAGGCCAAACAAACAGGCGGCCGCUCGAUAUAUACGGUGCCCAACGGCGCGCGAGCGUUCCAAAUGUAAUAAUAUAUAUAUGUAUAUACAUAUGUAAGCGAGACGCGCGCGGACGCUAUAAACCGGCGAUCGGCCGGUCGGCUUGCCGCACGCUCGCGCACGUCCCGUUCAAAUAAACGGCUGAAAUACGAUCGAGGGUGGCAACAAAUGUGCGCUUGGCGCUUUCCGUUUAACGGACCGAGUAUUUCGGGACCCGGAAUUCGCGCGCGAGAUACGACGACGCGAUCGCAGCUGUAAAAGACUUUGUGAUUGACGGAGUUAACUCUUUAGGAAAUUUUAAUCGAGCAUGAAUUUUAUGAAUUAGAGAGCCGAGUCGUUUUCUAUAGUAAUUCAAUCGCGAAUCGUCCCUCGUUUUUCCACAAGAUGUGAAUGGUAUUUUAGCUCGACCGCAAACGACCGGAUAUAUCGAGGACCGACUGGCCUGGUAUCGAGCGCGCAGCUAUUGUAAAUGAGCUUUACAGCUCCAUAUUAAAACACGUAGAGAUCACAUAUACUAUACAUUAUUAACACUUACUAGUUACUACGCUGACACAGCCGUGCUUUUGUACUUAGAUAUUUAUUCACCGCAUUUUUACGAGGAUUGAUAGAAAGCGUAGGUUAACGUCUCGGCGUAGUUGUGCGCACCGAAGAGCGAGCACUAAACCGUAAUUUAUAAGUGCGAUGUACGCUAAUUUGUAGAAAUAAAGCAAG